UAUUUGUAAUGACUCUUCUUUCACAUUAUUUCACUUUAUUUUUAUUGGUUUUUGUAUUGACAUGUUCAGCUCAAGACUUUAUACAGAUCACUUCACCAACUAAUGGACAAACAGUGUCAAGUAAAUCUCAAUUGACUAUUAGUUACAACGUGAUUGGUGUUCCAAUAGUGUCACCCCCACCUGCCAAUGCCACUUAUCCCUCUGGUAUGACUGCCGAAUUUCAAUGGUUACAAAAAGGCACCACCAACAAUCCUCUUUCUCUUAAUGCCAGCAACAGUCUAGUGACCAAGCCCUAUGUUGCCGGUAUCCAAAACAAAGCUUAUACUAGUGUUUGGAAUAUUCCCAACUGUCAUUUCUUCUCUCGAUAUACUCCUUCCAACUACAAUUUUCAAAUGGUCUUCACACCUACCUACAAUAUUCCUUCCGAUCAAAAUCAACAAUCUAUCGUAGUGCCUUUGACUAUCCAAGUCAACAACGCCACUUUCCCCAAAUGUUAAAUUAAUUAAAUUUACUUAGAUUAGCUUUUACUAUUAGGAUUAUCUUUCUCUUGUAUACUUUUAUUGUAUUGAUAUCAAAAUAAAAAAAAAAAACUUAUCACUAUUUUGGAAUCUU